AUGAUCGGGCUCGGUUUCUUGCACAACUGGCAGCAGAUGACAGCGCUGCGUCUAUUGCUGGAUCUCUUUGAAGGAUGUUUCUUCCCUGGCAUUAUCCUCCUUCUCUCGACCUGGUAUGUGCGCUUCAAGCUGCAGAAACGAUACGCCAGAUACUAUAUCAUCGGCAUGGUAGCCUCAGCCUUCUCAGGGAUCCUGGCGUUCGGCCUGACGCAGAUGCAAGGCGUGGGUGGACUGGAGGGCUGGCGGUGGAUAUUCAUCAUCGAGGGCAUUCUGACAUGCAUCGUCGGCGGACUCUGCUACGCAUUUUUGCUCGACUUCCCCGACCAUGCGUACAAAUCCAAUUCGCAGUUGAGUUCUCUCAGCCGCGCCGAAUGCCUGUUCAUGAUCCAGCGGGUGCAGCAAGACCGCGGCGAUCAGGACAUGGAAGCCUUCAGCUGGAGCAAGUUCCUGAGCCCAUCGCUCGACCCCAAGAUGUGGGCGUUUGCGAUGACUUUCCUCGCCAACACCGCUACUCGCUGGCGUAUUUCCUGCCGAUCAUAUAACACGAGAGCAUGGGAUUCGGUGUCAGUGCAUCGCAGUGCCUCGUUGCGCCACCCGGGAGUAGUUAUGUUCGUCGAGUCAUGGAUUGGCGACCGAUACCGCAUGCGUGGCAUCUUUAUCGUGGUGAAUUCGCGGGUGGCUAUCUGUGGACUGGCGUUGAUGGGCUGGGGCCCGUCGGCGGCGGUGCGGUACGUAGGGUGCAUUUUGGUGACUGCAGGCGGCAAUAGCAGCCUCCCGUCUAUGCUCACCUACCAGGCCAACAACAUCCGUGGUCAGUGGAGCCGGGCGUUUUCGAGUGCCACGAUUGUGGGCUCGGGAGGGAUCGUGGGUGGGAUUAUGUUCCGCACGCAAGAUGCACCGCGGUAUCUGCCGGGGAUUUGGACAAGCAUUGGGCUGAUGCUGGCUGUUAUAGUCCUCGUCGUUGGUUUGAGUGCUCACUUUCAUUUGCAAAACAUCAAGGCUGACCGGCAAGAAGUUAUUCUGGAGGGUCAUGAAGAAUUCCGGUAUACCCUGUGA